AUGGCGUCUCAACUCCGGCUUUGCUCCGCGCUGGCCUUGGUCACAGGUUCAGGGGUUCCCACCCGGGGUGCGGGUAGCGGCAUCGGCCGGGCCAUCAGCGUGCGCCUGGCGGCAGAGGGCGCCGCCGUGGCCGCCUGCGACCUGGACGAGGCAGCGGCCCAGGACACCGUGCGGCUGCUGAGCGGCCCGGGGAGCGAGGACGGGGCGCCGCGCGGGAAGCACGCCGCCUUCCAGGCGGACGUGUCGCAGGCCCCCGCAGCCGGGCGCCUGCUGCAGCAAGUGCAGGCCUGCUUCGCUCGCCCGCCAUCUGUCGUCGUGUCCUGUGCGGGCAUCACACGCGAUGAGUUUCUGCUCCACAUGUCAGAAGACGACUGGGACAGAGUCAUCGCCGUCAACCUCAAGGGCACUUUCCUAGUCACUCAGGCUGCAGCCCAGGCUUUGGUGUCCAGCGGCUGUCGCGGCUCCAUCAUCAACAUCAGUAGCAUCAUUGGAAAGGUGGGGAAUAUUGGACAAACAAAUUAUGCGUCCUCCAAAGCAGGAGUGAUUGGGCUCACCCAGACUGCAGCCCGGGAGCUUGGACGACACGGCAUCCGAUGUAACUCGGUCCUCCCGGGGUUCAUUGCAACACCCAUGACCCGGAAGAUGCCAGAGAAAGUGAAGGACAAGGUCGCACAGGGAUUAACGGUUGGCGUGGGCCUAGGGGUCUGGGGGCAUAGCCACUCCGGAUCUGAGGAAGUGAGACCGCCCUUCCCCCACCGCCCCCUCCCCCAGAUGUGGCAGAUGUGGUUGCGUUCUUGGCGUCCGAAGACAGUGGCUACAUCACAGGGGCCUCCGUGGAAGUCACCGCCUCGAGGAAGCUGGACUCGCUCACCCCCCACCGCUGCCUGGCCUCCCGCGGACGGGGACGCUGAGUUCCCAGGCUACAAAAGGGACGGCGGUGUGUGGCUCGGGCACGCUGACUAUGGGAGGCAGGGGCGCUUGUGACCCUAAUAAAUUCCAAAUCCUCUUCCCUGCCA